AUGCAUACCCAGGUCAUUCGGUGGUUUGAGGGGCUACUGCUGCACCUUCAACUUAUCAAGGAAAGUAUCGAUCUCAUUAUUGGUGCAACUUUCUACUUUUUCGAAGCAUUUGUUCGGCUGUUCAUACAACCUCCCAGGAAGGAUGUGGAGGGAGAGAUUGUUCUGGUGACUGGAGCAGCCAGUGGGAUUGGCAAACUGAUAGCAAAGGAACUGGGUCGCCUUGGUGCAACUUUAGUUCUCUGGGAUAUAAACUGGGAAGCCCUUGACAAGACAGCCAAGAGGCUGCGACAGUCUCUAGACGUGCGUGUUUAUGCUUAUGCUUGUGACUGCGGUCGAAGAUCAGAGGUGUACAGAGUCGCAGAGCAGGUGAAGCAGGAUGUUGGGGAUGUGUCUAUCCUUGUGAAUAAUGCCGGUGUGGUGACUGGAAAAUACAGCUUCACUGAGGCUCCUGACAGUCUGGUGGACAGAACUCUGAGAGUCAAUGCAGCCGCACAUUUCUGGACCUACAAAGCUUUUCUCCCAGCCAUGAUGAAACGCAACCAUGGUCAUCUCGUCUGUGUGGCUGGUCAUGGGGGCUUAUUUGCAAUGAAUGGAUUAGCAGACUAUUGUGCAAGUAAGUUUGCAGCCGUGGGAUUUGCUGAAUCCAUUGCUUUAGAGCUGCUCGAGCUGAAGAAGGAAGGAAUUAAAACAACCAUUGUGUGCCCUUAUUUGAUCAAUACUGCAAUGUUUAGAGGAUGUCAAACAAAAUGGCCAUCCAUUCUUCCAAUAUUGGACCAGAGGGAAGCUGCAAAGAUGAUUGUGGAUGCAAUAUUGAGAGAGAAGAUGUUUUUACUGAUGCCUUCGAGUUUGUACUUCUUGAUGGCUAUGAAGAGUUUCAUGCCAGCCAAACUGGGAAUCAUUUUCAUGAACUUCUUUGGAGGUUUGGAUAUCAUGGAUCACUUUCGAGGAGUCCCAGUGCCUGUUGUCACUUACAAAAAGCUUCAGCGUCAGAGAGAGAACAGUAUAAUGGAGCUGGAGAAUCCACUUAUCUACUUCUACUGA